AUGUUUAAGAUAAUAGCUUUUGCGGUUUGCCUUGCCAUAGUAGUUUCAGCUUAUGAGGACUAUGACAGUUAUCCCAAGUACAAGUUCGAAUAUGGGGUCAAGGAUUCUCAUACACAUGAUCACAAGGACCAAUGGGAACAUCGUGAUGGAGACCACGUGAAGGGACAAUACUCUCUGGAUGAGGCCGAUGGAACGCAUCGUAUUGUCGACUAUAUCUCAGAUCAUAAGGGUGGAUUCCAACCUCAUGUUCAGCGCAAAGGACAUGCUCAUCAUCCCCAUCACGGAGAAAGCUAUGCUAAUAUUCAUCAGCACUACUGA